CCGUCUUUUGGUGCGUCUAACAGAGCCGCUACGCAAAACCGGACGCAAUCGCUCGUCGCACCGUCUUACUGACAACCCAUCGCUGCUCGGUGGCUCGAAUCGCUGCACGCCGGCGGCCGCACGGCACCCAAACAAGGCAGCAGCCAGCUUACGAGCAAGCGGUGCCUCGCCGGCCGCGCGCGCACUCCAGCUUACGAGCAAACGUGCCUCGCCGGCCGCGCGCGCACCGCACACACACAAAGGCUCGCGCGCCGCACGAAACGCAAGCAGCUCACCCCUCGCAACCGUAGGUACCGCUUGACUCGCGCACAGACGCGGUCGAGUGCCUCGUCGAGGCUCAAAGGUCUUUUAAGGCGACACAAAGAUGGCGGAAGAAGAAGCCCCCAAGGCCUGGUCCUUCGCGGACCAGAACAAGGACGAGCAGGCCGUCGCGCUCGCCGCGCUGGUCCUCGACCAGUGCGGCGAGGGCGACGACAAGUUCGCGCCCGAGAAGUUCGAGGCCGUGCUGAAGGCCGCGGGCCUCUCGGUCGCGCCGCACUGGGUGUCGGUGUUCUCGAAGGCGGCGACGCUCGCCGGCGACCUCGACUGCAUGUGCGGCGCGCCGGGAUCGGGCGGCGGCGGCGGCGGCGGCGGCGGCGGUGGCGGCGGCGGGGCCGCGGCGGCCGAGGAGGAGAAGAAGGAAGAGGAGGAGGAGGAAGAGGUCGACAUGGGCGGCGGCAUGGACAUGUUCGGCGACGGCGGCGGCGGCGACGAUUAUUAG